CCCACAGGAGCCCAGUUUCCUCCAAUUGCAGCACAGGACCUUCCUUUUGUUCUAAAGGCUGGCUACCUUGAAAAGCGCAGAAAAGAUCACAGCUUUCUGGGAUUUGAAUGGCAGAAACGGUGGUGUGCUCUCAGUAAAACAGUAUUCUAUUAUUAUGGCAGCGAUAAAGACAAACAACAGAAAGGUGAAUUUGCAAUAGAUGGCUACAAUGUCAGAAUGAAUAACACCCUUAGGAAGGAUGGAAAGAAAGAUUGCUGUUUUGAAAUUUCUGCUCCCGAUAAACGUAUCUAUCAGUUUACUGCAGCUUCUCCCAAAGAUGCUGAAGAAUGGGUACAGCAGCUGAAAUUUGUGUUACAAGAUAUGGAAUCUGACAUUAUCCCUGAGGAUGAUGAAGAGAGAGGAGAAUUAUAUGAUGAUGUUGAUCAUCCUCUCCCAACAAGUAGUCCCCCAACAACCAGUCACCCAAUAGAUGAUGAAAUUUAUGAAGAACUUCCAGAAGAAGAAGAGGACGAUGCUUCUGUGAAAGUGGAAGAACAAGGGAAGACGAGUCAGGACAGUGUUCAUCACACUUCAGGAGAUAAAAGUACCGAUUAUGCUAACUUUUACCAGGGUUUGUGGGAUUGUACAGGAGCUCUUUCUGAUGAGCUGUCAUUUAAGCGUGGUGACGUGAUUUACAUUCUUAGCAAGGAAUACAAUAGAUAUGGCUGGUGGGUAGGAGAAAUGAAGGGAGCCAUUGGCUUGGUGCCUAAAGCCUACGUAAUGGAGAUGUAUGAUAUUUGAGAGUCCUGGGUCUCUGGAGCCUCCGAGAAGAAAUUGAUAUGCAGCGUACAAACAAGCAAAAACACCACCAAAUCAUCACAAAGGCACAACUGAAGGAGGAGGAAGAGGAGGAGAUGAUUGGGGAAAACUCUCUUUGAACUUGAAUUCAGUUGCAAAAUACAAACAUCAAAAAUGGC